CAUUUAGUAGAGAAAGUGAGAUAUAUAAAUUCCUAUAAAAUUACAGAAAAGUCAAUAAAAGUGUAAUGAUGUCAUUCGCCCGUAUCAAGUCAUUAAAUGAAUGAACUGUGGAGAGUAUAACACGUGGUUUAUUGAUUAUGUUUUAUUUUUCCUUUUAGAAAAAGGAUAUUGCGAUUUUUACCUGCAGAAUCAGAUCCAAUCUACACAUGAGAAACUAAAAGCAUAGACAGAGACACAACAAAGGACUUUCCAUUUUAACUUUACAUGAAUGUGUUGCUAAUUAUAAAGUUGGAAAACUGAAGUAUUUACAAAACGUCAACACAGUUAAGCAUGGUGAAGUAUUUAUUUUAAGUUAAGUAAACUUCUUGUCACACCUUGCAGUGAUAAAAUCGUUCAUGAUGGAAAAGACGGGUAUUCUUCAAUGUGCUCAGGAAUAUAAUUAUCUCGUAGAAAAAGUCAAUGUCAAUCUGAAAUCUCUCAAGACAGAGCUGCUGGCUAUGAAGAAACAAGAUGUUAACUUACUGAAACAGCUGAUUCAUAUCAGCGACGUUAUACAAACAAUAUGUCAGAAACAACAUACGCCUAGUCCUGAUAGCGCUGUUGACGAGUCACCGACAGAAACCUUCCACAAAACAAAGAGGGCACCACUUGUCAGACAACAAAGUGUUCCUUAUUAUAUAACUGUAUUAAGAGCUCAGUCUAGUAGUUUUAAUUCAAGUUUUGAAGGAAUCAACGAAAUCCCUGAAGAUGAAACAGAUUCUUGCUCGAAUGAUGAUAGUGACAGUUUACUGUCGGUCAGUAUGAACGGAAGUUACUCCGCAGUACCACUUUACGUCCAGAGAGUAAAUCGACCAAGGUCCCUGUCGUAUGAGGAACCAGUCGGUGGAACCAGUCACGGCAGUAUUGUGGGACUGGACGACAGUUUCUUUGAAAGUGUUCUGCAAAAGAAUAUAGCCCUGUGGAAAUCUGAGACACAAUCAGAUAAAACUAAAAUAUAUAAUGGGGAUAAUGCGAUAGGAACGUAGAAAUGAAUUCAAAUUCCCCUACACUAGAUUUCACAACGCAAACGUCCAAGCCAUGUCAAUACCAAUCAACACUUUAUCGAGCCUAUGAAUAGAAUUCUUUUCUUUCAAAUAUGGUAUACGAAGGUUUACAAUCUUAUGAAAUACUGAAUCAGAUAUUUGAAAUUUAUGAAGUAAUUUUGUGUAUUUUUUAUUUAUACAUCGACUCAUGACCAACGAAAAUAGUUAAGAUCAAAUCAUCGUAGUUAGUUUGUACACGACGGUGAACUUAAAAAAUCUAAAUGCAAAUGUUUAUCUAUAAUUUAUUAACAUUGUAUGGGAAAUGAAUGGAAGAAACACUCAUGGCGCAUGACCUGAAACAUAAUACAUGUACAUGUAUAUGUCAUAUGUUUGAAACACAUAUACACACACCAUGUAAAAAUAAUGUUUUAAUUUCUUAUUGCUAAAUAGCUUCAAAAACGAUUACUGAAUGUUUUGUAAGAAAAUGGAAGUCCCUCGUUUGCUUGACAUUUCAAAUGUUUAGAAAGUAAACUGCAAUGAAUCAAGUAUAACAAAUGUCUAGAAAGUAAACUGCAAUGGAUCAAGUGUAAUUGUGCAACUCUGUUUUACAUAUAUAUAUUUUUUGUUAUUUUGUUGUCAAAUGUGUGCAAUAUAUAUUUUUAUUAUUAAAAUGUGAAAAUAAUA